UCCAUUCCCUGCUCCUCUGCCCUUCUCUCUCCCCACUGUUCCGCGCUCUGCAACAUGCAAAGCGUUGACGUCGCACUCGCAACCUCCCCAGCUCCGGAUCCAAGCUCCCUUCGAGCCCAAACAAAACCGCACCAAACGAUCGAAAGUAGAGCUGCGGAUCGUUGUCCGCACCAACACCAACGCCGACGCCUCACCUCGCCGCGUUUCAGCUAGGGGCUCACUUGGCUCGCUCGCCGGCCGGCCAAGAAACCAAUCGAGGGCCAAGGAACGCCGCGAUGAGCACCGGCGGCACGCCGCCCGUGGGGCUGACGCCGGGCGACGGCAACUCCGUGGGCAUGUUCAGCUCCGACCGCAUCGGCGGCUUCGGCUACGGCGUCGGCGUCUCCGUCGGCAUCCUCCUCCUCAUCACCACCAUCACGCUCGCCUCCUACUUCUGCACCCGCGCGCCCGUCACGGCAGCCGACGCGGCGGGGGAGGCCCCGUCCCGGCGCCGCGGCGGCCGAGGUGGAGGCGACGGCGGCGAAGAGGCGCACGACAUCGAGCUCGGCAUCGACGAGGCCACUCUGAAGGGGUACCCGGAGGUGGUGUACGGCGAGGCCAAGAGGGAGGCCAAGGCCAAGAAGGCCACAACGUGCACGUGCUGCUCCAUAUGCCUGGAUAACUACGGCGACGGCGACGUGCUCCGGAUGCUGCCGGAGUGCGGCCACCUGUUCCACCGGGAGUGCGUCGACCCGUGGCUCCGGCAGCACCCGACGUGCCCCGUGUGCCGGACGUCGCCGAUGCCGAGCCCCAUGCCGACGCCGCUCGCCGAAAUCACGCCGUUGGCAAUGGCCAGGAUGUCGUCAUGACAAUAGCUAAUAGGCAAGGACCAGGUUCUUGCUUGAUUUCUUCCCCCUCCGAAUUUUAUUUUAUUUUCUUGUGCUUACUGCUUACCGCCAUACCACCAAAUGUGAGGUGGAAUUGACCAAUUGGGGCACGUAUCUUUGGAAAAUGGAAUGGCUGCAAAUGUUCAGGAUAGGAAUUAGGAACAUCUUUUCUUGGGUGUAAUUGUAAAUUUGGGUUCAGAGUAGUUGGGAUUAGGAUUCAGUAUGUAUGCAUGGAGUACCAAUGGCUGAUGAAUCUUCCAAAGAAAAGUGCACUGAGGUUUUCAUUCAGAUUAGCAAUUUUUUUGUAGAUGAGUAUGUACAUUCAAUCUUAUUUCAGAAGCAAAGUUUAUAAACAA